AUGCGCCUCAUCCCGCCGAAGUACCUGCUGGGAUGCAUUCUAUGCUCGGCAAAUGGACUUCUUUUCGGGAUGGACACCGGGAUCAUCGGCCCCGUGACGGACAUGAAGUCCUUCAAGGCUGAGUUCGGCGGGAGUCAAAAUUCUACGAUCCACGGCCUCAUCGUCUCGAGCAUCCUGAUCCCGGCUGCGCUCUCGUCGUUCUUUGCGGGCUACGUCGCCGACCAUCUCGGUCGGCCCAAGGGCAUCUGUAUUGGCACAUUCAUCUUCGGCAUCGGCGCGGCUCUCGAGGCCGGAGCUGUCCAUCUGGCGAUGUUCAUCGUCGGUCGCAUCGUCGAGGGCGUUGGAGAGGGUCUUUUCCUGGGAAAUCUAGUCGUUCUGAUCUGUGAAAUCUCCCCUGUCAGAAUGCGCGGUGCCCUCACGACGGGUCCUCAGCUGGCGACCACCAUGGGACUGGUUCUAGGGUAUUUCAUCAGUUACGGGACCGCCAGUAUUCAGUCGUCGUUGUCAUGGCGCAUGCCGUGGAUUCUGUUAUCGGCGUUUGCGAUGGUUAUCUGCGCCCUUUCUCUUAUGUUUUUGCCGGAAUCGCCCCAGUGGCUGGGUCUUCAGGGUCGCUACGCCGAGGCCGAAGAGGCCUGGGAUUCUUUGGGUGUGACUCUUGAGGACCGCGAAAAGGUCGAGGGUCAAGUGCAGGUUCGGGAGACGGAGCCUGAUUCUGACUUUGAGCCUGAGCCCGAGAAGGCCGCGCCCAGGACCGUCGAGAAGCUGCUGGAUGUCUUUUCCAAGGAUGUUCGCGGCCGCACGGCACUUGCCGUCUUCUUGAUGGGAAUGCAGCAAUUGGCUGGUAUCGAUGGUGUCCUCUACUACGCCCCCCAACUCUUCCAACAAGCCGGUCUUGCCUCAUCCGAAGCCAGCUUCCUCGCCUCCGGUGUCUCCGCCCUCCUCAUCUUCGCCACCACCAUCCCGGGCCUAAUCUACGCCGACAAAUGGGGCCGCCGAACCAGCAUCCUCCUCGGCGGCAUCGGCAUGGGAAUCCUUAUGUUCAUCAUGGGCGGUCUCUACGCCGGCAACGCCGUGCAUCCUGACACCGGCGCCGGCCGCUGGGUCGUCAUCGUUUGCAUCUACCUCUUCGCGGCCCUCUACUCCGCCACUUGGGGCAUUACAGUCAAGGUAUAUGCCGCAGAGAUCCAGCCCCAACGAACCCGUGCGUCCGCGACCACGUUAGCGCACUCGAGUAACUGGAUAUGUAACUUUACGGUGGCGUUGAUCACGCCGAUAUUGCUCUCGAAGAGCAGUUUCGGAGCGUAUAUAUUGUUCGGCGGGUGUUGUGUUAUUACGGUGGUGGUUAGUUGGCCGGUUAUGCAUGAGACGAAGGGGAGGAGUUUUGGGGAGAUUGAGAGGGCUUUUAAGGGAGGGGCUUUUUCUGCUGCUUCUUCUGGGUUUGGAUCUGGGUUUGCUAUGCGUGAGGAUGGAGAUGAGAGUGGGUUUUGGAGACGGGGUGGGAGUAGUGCUUAG